AUGUCGGAGCCCAAGGGUCCAACUCUGAAGCUCAAGUUUGGUAAGAAGCCGGCACCACCGCCACCGGAGCCCGCGCCAGCCGAACCAUCAUCACAGCCAAAGCUCACGCUCAAGAUCGGUCGCAAGACGCAACCUCCGCCCGACGCCUCUGAAGACAAAGUGAAGAAGAAGAAAGCGCCAUCUAAGAAGCGCCCCGCAGAUAAUGCUGCAGCACCGGAGACUGCAGCAGCGGUGCCAGGCCCCAAGCGGCUCAAACUCAAUGCAUCGAAAUUAAAGUCCAUCCGCAUCAAAAACAAGGGUCAUGUCCCUAAUCGGCCAGUUGGCGUCGGCUAUGACUCUGAAGCAUCAGAUACCGAGAUCGACCCUUCCAUUGAGGAGCAGUUCAUCUUGAGAAUGCUCCCGGGCGAAGACUGCGAAUAUUUACGGCAAACCAUCGAGGAGAGGAAAUUCGACAAGUCGGAGUUUUCAUUUAAGCCGCUUACUCGCGAAGGGAGACGUGCUAUCUUGAGAAUUCGAAAUAAACAGUAUGCAGCUUGUCUCGUCGACCUGCCGUGCAUCAUAGAGGGUAUGAAGAGUUGGGAUCGACGAGGCUGGUACAAAUCGGCGGAUAUUUGCCAAAUGCUUUUGGUACUGGGCACGGUAUCCAGCGAUCAAGAAGCCCUGGAAUACCCUCUACCACCGGAGAUCGAGGCUUCCGACCCCAAGACACUUCAAUAUCCCCACGGCUUAGCCCCGCCCUUGCGUUGGGUACGGAAACGACGUUUUCGUGACCGAGUGAGCUCGCGGACAAUCGAGCAAGUGGAAAAAUCAGUAGAGGAUCUCAUCGCGCAGGAUGAGCAGUCCUUGUUUCCUCCUCGGUUCGAUCUGGUGGAUAGCGCAUCCCUAAAUCGUGCCGAGGGCUUCGUGCAGGAGGACUACGAAGAAGACUACGAUGAGGAGCAAGACGCCGAAGGUGAGAUUGAUGAGAUGAUGGACGACUUUGAGGAUGACUUGGCGGCCGAGAUGGAAGCCGCACUGGCUGCUGGGGAUGACGAAGCCGCGGCUGCUGUCACGGAAGCCGUCCAGGCUGCCACGGCAUCGACACCGGCCGCACAAACCGAACGGGGAGGUGACUCCUCGGGCGAUGAAAAUGAGGUUUCAGAUGAAGAUGACGAUAUACCUGAGGAUGACCUGGACGAGGAACAGCUGGAGCAACAACGCCAGCUUCAGCAGCAUCGUGAGGAGAUUGCCGAGCUCGAAACAUUGAUUCAAACUGAGACUGCCUCAUGGCAAAAAGUGCAAAACCAGAUUCUACGCAACAAGAUGGGUCGUCGUAUUCAAGAGCUCAAGAAAGAUUUGGAGCUCAAAAAGGUGUCUGUUGGCUUGCCGGGCGAGAAUGACGUCUGA